GUGCGAGGCGUGAGGUGGAGAUGGGGGCGGAGGGAGCUGGAGCUGUCACAGGCCCGGGGUCCGCCUGACCAAGCCAAGUGGGGUGUCAUGGCCGCGGGGGGCAGCGGCUGCACUUCCUCAGCAGGCGGCGGCGGCCGGGGAGUUAAUCCUCAAUGCACGGGUCCCGUUUCCCUCUGUGCGGCGGCCGGCGGGACCAUAAGGGCUUAACUCAUAUAUUUAACCCCCCUCCGAAAAGAUUUGAAAGUAUUUUUGAAGGGCUGUUUGGACCUGGAUUAUUAAAAGAUCUCAGUUUAUUUAAAGACUGUGAACCUGAAAGCAUUUCUGAUUGGACUUUUGAUGAAAAUUGUCUGUUCUGUUGCUUGAGAAGAGAUAACGUAAAGGGACAUUUAGUCGGUCUGGAUGAACCAGCUUCGGGAGCUGGGCAAGAAGCUCUGCUUAAACAAGAGCAAGCAAAAAUCAUUCGAUUCGAGAGACAAGCAGAAGAGUUCCUCAAUGCAGUCUUUUAUAGAAAAGACAGUCCCUGGGUCUCCGACCCCAAUAUUCCCUUAGUGGCCCGUGAGAUCAUGCAGCGAAUGAUCCAACAAUUUGCUGCUGAAUAUACCUCAAAAAAUAGCUCUACUCAGGACCCCAGCCAGCCCAAUAGCACAAAGAACCAAAGCCUGCCGAAAGCAUCUCCAGUCACCACCUGUCCCACGGCUGCAACUACUCAGAACCCUGUGCUCAGCAAACUUCUCAUGGCUGACCAAGACUCACCUCUGGACCUUACUGUCAGAAAGUCUCAGUCAGAACCUAGCGAACAAGACGGUGUACUUGAUCUGUCCACUAAGAAAAGUCCAUGUGCUGGCAGCACUUCCCUGAGCCAUUCUCCAGGCUGCUCCAGUACUCAAGGGAACGGGCGACCUGGGAGACCCAGCCAGUACCGCCCAGACGGACUUCGGAGUGGUGAUGGGGUACCUCCAAGAAGCUUACAGGAUGGAACCAGGGAAGGUUUUGGACACUCCACAUCACUCAAAGUUCCACUGGCUCGAUCUCUGCAGAUUAGUGAAGAACUACUGAGCAGAAACCAAUUGUCCACAGCUGCCAGCCUUGGGCCAUCUGGAUUACAGAAUCAUGGACAACACUUAAUAUUAUCCAGGGAAGCCUCUUGGGCGAAACCACAUUAUGAAUUCAACCUCAGCCGUAUGAAAUUCAGGGGAAAUGGUGCACUCAGCAACAUCAGUGACCUUCCUUUUCUUGCAGAAAAUUCUGCCUUUCCAAAAAUGGCACUUCAGACAAAACAAGAUGGAAAAAAGGAUGCGAGCCAUUCAUCUCCUGUAGAUUUAAAGAUACCACAAGUUCGAGGAAUGGAUCUUUCUUGGGAGUCUCGCACUGGUGAUCAGUACAGCUAUAGCUCUUUGGUAAUGGGUUCACAAACGGAGAGCGCGCUUAGUAAAAAAUUAAGGGCUAUUCUUCCAAAACAAAAUAGAAAAAGCAUACUAGAUGCUGGACCUGAUUCUUGGGGCUCAGAUGCUGAGCAGUCUACCUCUGGACAGCCAUAUCCCACAUCGGAUCAAGAAGGAGACCCUGGCUCCAAGCAGCCUCGGAAGAAAAGAGGGCGUUACAGACAGUACAACAGUGAGAUACUGGAGGAAGCAAUCUCAGUUGUUAUGAGUGGAAAAAUGAGUGUUUCCAAAGCUCAGAGUAUUUAUGGGAUUCCCCACAGUACACUGGAGUACAAAGUAAAGGAGAGGCUGGGCACUUUGAAAAACCCUCCAAAGAAAAAGAUGAAAUUAAUGAGGUCGGAGGGGCCAGAUGUUUCUGUAAAGAUUGAAUUAGAUCCCCAGGGAGAGGCAGCACAAAGUGCAAAUGAAUCAAAAAAUGAGUAGGAAUACUGUAGAGUGCCAAUUACUGUACAAACUGGGUGAGCACUACUGCAUUGUUUAGCUAUCAUUGCUUGCACCUAACUUCAUUUACUGUGACACUUGUUUCUUUGCAGAUUUUGCAUUGAUUUGUGUGCACAGAGAUGAAAGGUGCAUUCAGAAUGUGCGUAUUUUAAAAUUUCCAUGUGCAGUAUGGCUCGGAAUAUUGUUUGGCCUUUUGCAUGUUUCUCUACAAAAGAGAAUUGAGUUACCUCACAGAGAACACAAAUACAUGGAAGUGGACUCCUUGCCUGUAGAGCCUGCAUGCUUUUCUUUCAUUUUUUAUUGUUGUUGUGUUUUUUCCCUGUUAAGUUAUAUUUGCCUUUAUUAUUAUUAUUAUUUUUUUUUUUUUUUUAAAGAAGGGAAAAAGCCCCUUAGAAACCACCUCUGUCAUACUGGGAGCUUUAAUCUUUGCAAAUUGGAAAGCCAUCUUAUAAAAUUUUUACAUUUUUACUUCUAAGAUUCAACUAAUGGAAGGAUUAAACUAAAGAAAAAACCCAUAAGAAGAAUAAUGAACUCUUUGAACUCAAGAAAUUUGGUUAUCCAACAAUAAGUAAUCAUUUGGGCCAAUUUACAUUUUAUCAUUUUCUUCUCACUAUUAAAUUUACUUAGUAAAGUAGCAGUCUAUUCAGUGCUCACCCAGAGAGGAAAGAGGUGGAAAAGGUAUACAUACUACCUUCAAAAAUGCUUCAGUUAAUUACUUUGUUACACUACCUUUGCUGUAAUUUCAUUUGGGAUUUUCUAAGGGUAGAAUUUGGUCUCACCAACAGUGAGGAUCUAGCCUUAUCUCAUGGAGGACGAGCUCCGUUCUUACUCAGGAGCAGUCAGGGUACAUUACAUAAAACAUAGAGGAUGCCUCAUUUUAGCAAACUAGGUUUCUUUGUAUUCUUAAAAUCCUUUUACAGAUUUGAUUAUGUGCUAACUAAUGACAGAAUGGUGUUGUAUUAACUAGUUUAAAAUAUUCAAGAUAUUCUUAUUGGGGAUGGGGAAAAAUGUGUGUAAGUAACUAUGAUAUUUCAAAAGUGAUAUUUAGGUUUUACAGUCUCAGUAGUCUGCCCAAAUAUCUACACUAAUGAAGGAUUCAUGUUUGUGUUGAGAGAAAAAAACAUAACCCCAAAGUAACCUAAUAUGAUGUAGGUUGCCUGUCGUUUCUAACAACAAUUCAAUCAGGAAUCAAGUUUAUUGGAGUUUCUUUUUUAAUUAAUCCAAAUACUAGUACAUGCGUGGGGUUUUGUUUUUGUUUUAAUUUUGUUAAUUUGAUGGGUUUUUUCUUUCUCUUUUUUUUCUUUUUGGCAUCCUGCAUAAUAUCCCCUUCUUAACUCUUUCUGAUACUUACCUGAUUUUCAUGGUUGUUUAGCACAGUUAAUGACCUUUCAGAUUAUAUUUGUACAAGCACUCCUUGAAGAACAUCUAAACUUUUUUUUUUUUUUUGAGAUAGGCUUUUACAGUUAGAGUAAUUAUGUUUGAAAAGUUUAUUUUCUACAGUUUUUUCAAGAAUAACUGAUAAGUAAAGCCCAUGGGAUUCAAUUUUGCAUUGUGACCAAAUUAAAAUUACUAUUUGUGCAAAACAAAAUCCACAUGACAUGCACCCUCUAAUCUGCUGGGAAAGAUGGUCAGGCCAUUCUUGUUUUCUAAAUGCUUAGGAAAGAAAAGAAAAAAAUAUCAUUGGAGUAUUUUGUAAAAUAAAAUCAAAACAGAGCAUUGAUUAAAUUGAGGUUGAUGAUCUCAGAUGACUACUAAUAGUUAAAGGAAAAGUAGGUCCAGAUAUUCCCAAGGCAUAAAUUUUUGCCUGGAAACUUUGGAGCGGUUUAGGUAGGUUAAGGAUACUUUUCCCCAGCAGCCUAUGUGUUCAAAGGUUAGGCACACCAUUGCUGUUAUUAAAAUUUAUGCACUGCUCAUUCUUGAUAAAGCCUGGGCUUGAGUUCUUCUUUUGGUUUGGUUAUUUUGUGUAGCAGUUUAAUGAGUGGAUGACUGAGCCUGUUUCCUCUUAGCUUUCUAGUCUUCACAACAGAAAAAGCAGUUUGGGUUCAUUAGCAGUAUAUGUGACUCUGCAAUAUUUUCCAGCCUAGCUGGAAGUUGCAAUAAAAACACAUUAUGAAAUGUAUGAUUUUCAUCUGCAGUUGAAGGAAGUUGUAGAAAGUUUGCUGAAAGCAAAGGGUUAAGCUUAUGAAGAAAUGACUUUGCUCCACACUUAAGAUGUCGGCACACAACUAAUUGUAGCCAUGGUGUCUUUUUGCAUGAUGUUUGGGGUAUUCAUUAGCCCACGAUUGCUGCAAAAAGGUUCUUUGAACAAUUAAUUUGUGCUUGCUUUUAUUAUCCCCCUCUCAAAAAGACAUCAUUAAAGGCCCAUUUUAAAAUCUGGCCCUAAAAUUCAACUUUUGUAGAGUUUUACUGUUCAGAGAGGUUUAAUCCUAUGUGGUAGUCUAUAUAAGUGAUGUAUGAGUUGAGUUAUGUAAAUUUUGUCAUUGUAGUGUACAUGGAGUGAUCAUUUUACUAACAUAAAUAUUUUCUAUGUGUGUUUCAGUGGAUGACAAUCGAGCAGCAGAAGAAUGGUGUGCCUACCCUUUAAUGCUGCAGUUUAAAUAAGAGAACUUGUAUUGUGUCAUUUCAGAUUGUAGGCUGAGAGUUGUAAAUAGUGAAAAUUUGAGUACUUUUUAUUAUUUGUUUUGGUUAGAAAGUGUAUUUAAAAAACAAACCAAACUCUAAACUCUCUCAGAUUAAAGUCCUGAGACCUGAAGAUUGUAAUAUUCAUGUCUGUGAAGCUUUUAAACAUUACACUUGAGAUCAGUCAUGACUUGAUAUUCAGGUAAACUUUCUUUUCCAAGAAGCUUUUGAAUAAGCGUAUAUCCUCCAAAGGUCUCUCUCUCUCUCUGUCUUUUUUUCUUUUUUCAGUGUAGAUUAUUUUAAAGCACUAAUUGCAUUACACUGGUAACUGCAAUAUAAAAUAGCCAUUAUUGUUUUGUGAAGCAUGGUUGAAAUUAGAUAGUGGUCCCUUUUAAAUUUCAUGAGCCUCUCAAAAUAAAUAAGUAAAUAAAUAAACUUAAAAAAAUAAGCUGCUGAAUAUUUCAAAAGAUUUAUAUUUUACCUUAUUGUAGGUUUUGUAAAGUUAGUUUGUAAUAUUCAGGUGCACUUUUAAUGUUAAAUUUUGUGUUCUGGGUUCCAUUACACCAUGUAUUUCUCGGAGGUGGCUCAUCACAUGGCUGGUUGUCAGUCUUGGUGCCGCAGUGAUCCCUUAAUAUUUGAUUUGUUUCUUGAUUUGCCAUUAUUCUGUAUUGGCACUUUCAGUGUAGAUAUUCUAGUUUGGGAACAUCCUAAAUGUGUGGUAGAGAUUGGUCUAUUAGCAUGCUUAAUUUCUGCUAAUCAGAGUUUUGCAUGGCCAAAAAAAACCACUGACCAUUUCUAUGGUGUGGGAAAGUAUAGUUCACAACUGUCUUUGUCACAAAAGCCUCUUUUUCUCACAUUUUCCAAUAGACAGAUGAUGACAUUACACCAACUAAUGAUAGGAGAUAAUAUAUUUAAAAAUCAAUUCCUGCAUUUUUAUGAGAGAACAUUGAUGUUACAGAAUAAAUAACCUGUGGCACUAUGAAUUCACAAACAUUAAAUUCUGUGGAAGAGUAUCUUAGUGUUUUUAUCAUUAGCCUUCUCAUUUUUGAGACAGUGCAGUCAUCAAGCUUGACAGUAAGGUAGUCUAUUACUUUGUUCAGUAGGUUUUAAAGUGACUCUGGACUUGGUGAUGAGCUGUAUACUUUUUUCUGUUCCCCAAAUGCUAUGAAGGACAAGUUCUCUUUCAGGAAAAAUUUGUGUAUAAUACUUUUUGAUAUUAAGUUUGUUGUUACUCUGAAGUUUAGAUGUUGCUUGAUACACUUGCUGCAGCAGAUCAUGAAUAUGAGUAAGGCUUUGUGUGAUAAUAGGGGUCCUAAUGUGAAGUUAAUUACUGUUCAGUUCUGGUGAGCAAGCUCAACAAGUGUGAAGUGUGUAUUAGCUUUAUUUGGUACACUUUUACUUUACAAUAUUGAAGUGCUUUUAGAACUCUGGUUAUCUUAUAUAAACCAUUACCUCAACCAAUUGGCAUUUCCAUUCCCCAACAUUUUACCUGAGCUGUAACAUGAGCUAUAUGGGAUCAGAUAGUAAAAUAAUAAGGCACAAUGAGAAGUUUAGUUCCUAAUCUUCUGGAGAGAACUCUAAAUUAGAAGAAAAAAAUGACUACCUGUAAAGGCCCGUAUCAUAACUACCUUCUGUCAUUAAGCAGUACGUAGCACCCUGCGGGUUGCUUCUGAGCUGUAUGUUCUUCCUCUACCCCAAGUAAGCACAUGGUGCCAGGCCUGGUUCUAAGCCUUUGGGAUUCUCUUACAUAUUUUAUUGCCCCAUAAUAUAGUGAGGCUUAGAUUCAGUUAGUUAUUUUUAUAAAACAAAUUAAUGAAUCUUAGCUCAGUGUCAGAACAUCAAGUUAUUUUGAAUAGGUUUUACAGUGGGUAUAUUAUAGUCUGGUAUCAUUUAUUUAAUAGCUGUUAUCCCUAUAGAUUUAAUUUGGAAACUGCUUUUGCUUUUGUAAUUCUUCUUUCCCUAAUUAAAUGCAGGAGGUCGAUUUCAUAUUGAACUACUCUUUUUCUGUAUAUUCAAGUUGCUAUCAUUGGUGAUAGCAUAUGACAAUAGACUGAAUUGCCCUAUUUCAUGUUUUAUAGAAGAUAUUUAAAAUUACAUGUUAAAUUUUGGCCUCAUAAACAUAUCAAAGAUCAUUUUCCUUUUUACUUUUUCAUUAGAAUUAGGUCUUCAUUGAUACUGUGGUCAGACCAGUAUCGUUAAAAACCUGAUGGCUUUAGCUGAGCAGCCCUCUUAGGAUUUUAUAAAACUAUACCAGGAUUUUUAAGAAAACUAAUGGCUUUCUAAUUCUACUGAAAAGGAAGAGGUGUAAUUGUGGUACAAGGACUGUAGACCUCCAGACUCUUUCUUCUUAGUUUAUUUUAGAUUUCAUUCUGUCCUUGAGACUUGAGUAGGAUUUGCGGACAUGGCGAGUGAAGGGAAAGGGGGGGAACUUUCUGUGUCCCCUUUGUCUCCCGUCCCCAGAUAACCUUGCAUUAAGCAGCCUCUUACAGAAGCAGACAUCAGCCCUGUAGCAUAACACUGUAGCUGUGUGCCCUAAGUGUUAUAAAAGAGUUUGGGGGAUGGGAAUGGGAACAAAGUUGGGAAAGUAUGUAGGCUUUUGAGAAGAGGCUACAGAUUCUGGCCUAAAAUACUAGUCACGAGAUAGAUCAUGUGGUAAAGGUGGGCCAUCUUCAUUUGAUUGCCAGAAAAAUCCUUUAGAUUGUUUGAAAAUGGAAAUCAAGGCUAAGUGAUGUAGAUUUGACAAACAAUAAAUUAUUAAUUAAACUUGCAACUAUUUGGGGGGUAAUUUUAAGGUUUCCGGUUCUUUUAGAGCUGUAUUAAUAAAAGCUGAAAAGCAAGCACUUUUAGUUAAUCAUAGAUUUAUUGGAUGUAGCAAAUAUUUUAAUCAUAAUAUUUAAUCUUUAUUGUUUGAAUGUGGAAGUGAACUUUUUACCAUGUCUUGAACUGUCAUUGAACAGGCUCAAGAUGAUCUUUUCAUCUUUUCAACACUGGAAAUGACCCUACACACAUACCAAAAAAAUCUAAAGCAGUAAGACAUAUUUGAAGAUCCAUACCUCUUAGACUUUUUAGAUUUGUCUUGGGAAAGAAUUUAUGAACUUUUAACCAGUAUUAGUGCAGUCUUGGGGUCCUUGUUCUGCAUAAUUGCACCCUUUCUCAGGUAUGUCCUGAAAACAUAAAUUUUAAAAUAAUCUCUUUAGAGAUUAGAUUCUCAGUGGAUAGUGUGUGAGGGGACUGGGGGUGGGAAAGUGGGGUAGCUGGACACAGGACACAGUAGAGCAGGGAUUUUUAACCGUCAAUAGCCAAAUAGAACUUCAGUCUAGAAUAUAUUUGCCCCCUCCAAAUGAAUGAAACAACUCUGAUUUAAGUUUGGUAAAUAUGCGGUGCUACACUCCUAAAAGUCAUUUCUUUCAUCCAGUUGACUUUUUUUCCUGCUUGGUGGAAGGGUAUACAGUAAACUUUCCUGUCACCAGGAACGCGCUUGUCUAAAACAUUUAAAGUACUAGAAAAGGGAUAAUUCAGCACUUUUUCUGUUACAACACUAAAGUCUUAAUUUAUCUUCAGAGUCUUAGGUACUGUAAAUUUUAGACUGAUUAUUUAAAAAUAUAAAACAUACUACAUACACAAUAUGGGGUCAGAUCACAUUUAUAUAAUUCUUAUUUAAAAAAAAAAAAAUGACAUUUUGUACCUUUUAAACAAUUCCGAGUGAUUGCCUCUUUGUCCCCAUUUCAUUAAGCAUUUCAGGCUUAAGAAUUGGAAUUUGAGAGGAAGUGAGGGAGAAAGUUCCCAAAACGAAAAAUUGUAUCAGACCAUUUUUAGAAAAAUAAACCGCUAGGAAAAAUGGGUAGGGAUUCUCUCUCCCUUUAAGUCUUCAGGGAAUGAGCAGUAUUUAGAAUCUUUGGCUGAAAUUCAAGCCUUUUUACUGUGUAAAUUUUUAAUAUUAAUUCACUGACAUGCUUUUUACAUCAAAGGACUGAAAAUGGAUCUUAAUGUUUUUAAGUUGUGGAAGGGUAUAUUUCUAAAAUGACGGGGGAUAAUUAACUAGAUUAGUAUACCAGCAUUAGUAAGUUUAAGGAAUUUUAGUAUGUAAUAGCAAAGUGUUUGAUUAAAAGUCUAAUCCUAUAUUGCUAGUCGAAAUUAGUUACAUUCUGAUCUAGGAAAGAUAUAGUCAUUGGAUAUUGAUAUGCUGUGCUGUCAGAAAACCAGAUUGAGAAACCUUUAUCUGACUCCCACAUGUUGCUUGUUCUGAUGGGAUGUACACUUUACAGCAGCUUAUUGCUGCCUUGAGAAGAAAUGUAUAAAAUACACAUUUGGAGUGUUUGCGUAUAAUUCUUUAUAACCUCCACUUUAAAUUGUCAGACAUUGGUAUUUUAUCAGUCCACACUGUUAAAUAAAACUAAUGUUCUUAGGAAACCAACUUAUACACACUGUUUAAAAACCCUCAGGGACAGUUUACACACUAUUCUCACUCAAUUCAGGUACUUUGAUGCUAUUCUUAAACCUAACAGUGACUUGUAUUUUUCUGUUUUGCUUUUAUUUUGACGUGCUGGUAGCACAUCCUUGAUGAAUGUCAACUUAAAAACUCAGUUCAGGUAUCCAGGUAUAACUCAGCCAAACAGAUUUUAAAGCUGCAUAUAACUCUCCAGCACACGGUGCCUCACACUCUUAUAGUGGCAUUCUAUAUAUUCAGUUAUUACUACUGAGCAGAUAAUAUGGGGGUUCCUGUUAACAGUGUAUUUAAAAAAAAAAAAAAAAGUGCAUAAACGAAUAGCCAGCACACCACAUACACACAAGGUUAAAGUAUAUAUUUUUAAAUGCCACUAAUAGCCAGCACAAUUGAAACAACAUUCCUUGCUGCUUCUGUAGACUGUAACAGAUGCAGUCCCUCCUUGAUAUGGUUCUUACUUCUUCACCAUAACUACUACUAAAUUCAAGCACUGGUCCUUGGGCAUCUGACCUCUACAUUCUAGUUUAUGCAAUGUCUUUAGAGAAUUCUGUGCACUGGCCACUGUGAUGGAACCAUUGGGCCAGGAGUGCUUGGAGUUUAUUAGUAGUGAUUCUGCCAAAGUUGGUGUUGUAACAUGAGUAUAUGUAAAAUGUCAAAAAUUAGCAGAGGUCUAGGUCUGCUUGUCAACAGCAGACAAUUUUUGUCAGUGUAAUUGGGAGCCUUGAAGUCCUCACGGGCAAAUUUUCUUCUGAUGUGAAGUUCUGAUUCCAGUGUUUUAGAUCUUUGCGUUUGUUAAUGUUAAGACUUGUCUACACGAGGUCUUUAUUCUUAAAAACUCCUUUUGUUUUCUGCAGUACUAUCUGUGGUUAACAGUGCAGAUUAGUCCUCUGCUUUAAUAUUUGAUAUCUUACAUCUAAAAGGAAUUCUCUCCAUAUAUAAAGCCCAUAGCCUUUGACGAUAUGGAAAAUGGCAUUUUUCAGAUUUCUAGAAGUUCGCAUGUCAUGCAACAAAACAGGAACCCCCUUUACUCUUAUGGACCUCAUUUCAAUAUACUGUUUACAGUUUGACGGAAUUGUAUAAUUUAAUAUUUCUCUUGUACUGUAGUUUAUAUUUAUUUACAGAUUUUUUUGUACUGUGUGAUUUGAACUUUUUGUUCCUUGCUAUGAUCAAUGUUUAUGUAGUAGAGCACUUAUGAUCACAAAUUAAGUUUUUUUGUUUGAUUGCACUACAUUAAAUUUUUUAAUGCAGUUCUGAUUUUUGACUGGACUAAAAUAAGCUGUGUCUUAAUGUAUGUGAUGAGUACUUAAAACUUUAAUCCAUGUGGUCCCUUUUUUUUGCAUUGUUUGUCAGAAGCUCUAGUUCUUUCGUGCAUGUGUAAAAUUUAAUGGUUCCAUUGUAUUAUUUGACCAUGACAUUUUGGACAAACAUUCCCAGCUGUAAUGUUGUGUAUGGUAGUUCUCACUGGAUGCUAGACUUUUCAAAACCACUAUUCUUCUAAUAAAUUUUGUUGUGAAAAACUG